CGGUGGAGGGGACCUGUGGUGGGGCUUGCGGGGAUCAUGGCGGAGAAUCGUUGCGAGCUGCUGCAACCGGCCCCAGUCGGCUUCGGGGCGGGGUUGGGGGGCAGCGUAUGUCGCCGCUGCAGCGCGGGUCUCGGCGCUUUGGCCCAGCGCCCUGGCAGCGUGUCCAAGUGGGUCCGGCUCAACGUCGGCGGCACCUACUUCCUAACCACCCGGCAGACGUUGUGCCGGGACCCGAAAUCUUUCCUGUACCGUUUGUGCCAGGCGGACCCCGACCUGGACUCGGAUAAGGAUGAAACAGGUGCCUAUUUAAUCGACAGAGAUCCCACCUAUUUUGGGCCCGUGCUGAACUACCUGAGACAUGGCAAGCUGGUCAUUAACAAAGACCUCGCAGAAGAAGGAGUGUUGGAGGAAGCAGAAUUUUACAAUAUCACCUCACUAAUAAAACUUGUAAAGGACAAAAUUAGAGAGCGAGACAGCAAAACAUCACAGGUGCCGGUGAAGCAUGUGUACCGCGUGCUUCAGUGUCAAGAGGAGGAGCUCACACAGAUGGUGUCCACCAUGUCUGAUGGCUGGAAGUUUGAGCAGCUGGUCAGCAUUGGCUCUUCCUACAACUAUGGGAGUGAAGACCAGGCCGAGUUCCUCUGUGUGGUCUCCAAGGAGCUGCACAACUCCCCAUACGGCACAACCAGUGAGCCCAGCGAGAAAGCCAAGAGUGACGACGAGGAGACGGGUCACGAUGAGAAUGACUCAGAUUAAGUGUAAAUGUCCUGAUCUUGCAAGAACGGGGUUCAAGGAUGUGAGGAGCACAGUGUUGGCUGCUGAAGAAAUAUUUUACCUUUCCCAAGAUGCAACGUGCCGCCAUGUUGAGGAAGCUUGGCCGUGAGAAGAAACCUGCUUUUGACAAUUUCUCUAGAGAUCUGGGUGUGAAUCUUUUUUGCCUCUGCGGUGGGUGGUGAGAGACAGGACCAGCAGCCCAAGGCUGGGCUUCCCACAAGGAGCUGGUGUGCUGAUCAGGUGGACGUUCCUGCGGGGUCCUCUGCUGGGUUUUCCAAGCUGCACAGCCUGAGGCAGGAUGCUCCCGACUGACCCCUUUAACCACAGAAGAUCAUUUAAAGGACAGUGUUCUUGGUGCUACAUGAACAGCCUGUAACGGAGCCUGGGUCUCACUGGUAGAAAGUGGCCGCAGUGCUGUGGCCCUGGGCUCUGGGUGUUCAACCCCACCAGGCCCUGGUCCUCGGGUCUGGGAGUCAUGCCCAGGUGUGAUCGGUUGUCCGUUUCUCACAGCCUUGGGCAGCUUUUGACAGAGGUGGCCUCUGUGUGUUCACUACUUCCCGAGCCUCCGCCCUGAGGCUGGGCCUCCUUCAGAGCCGCGCUCCCCCAACCUGAUCCAGUCGAGAACAGUCAAGGCUUCUCCAUUUGUAUUUUCCAGGCGAGAGACCUUUGCACCCUUUUUUUCCCCAGUGUGGAUAGACUUCCCAAUGUUUUUACUUUUUAGAAAUGCCUAAAAGUGUUGCUGCAUUUUGGGUUGAUCUGUUAAGUCAUUUAAAGGGAGGUAGAAGUUUUGUCAUGUCUGUCCCACCCACGGGUUCGUAGGGGAGCUGGCGCCUGUCAGUCAGUGCCUUUGUCUCGCCUGGGAUGGAGGGCAGGGUGGGAGGCCUGUCCACCUGACUUUUGGAGCUGACACUCCAGGUCACAUUGAAAAUUGGAUGUUUACAGCGCAUCACAAAUAUUUCUCUUUCUUGCUGGCUCUUUUCGUUUUCUUUGUACAACUAUGCAGUUCUCUUUGAUAUUUCUGGGAUGUUUGAGACUUCACACACAACCUGCAUGGGCUCUGCCCACCUGACACGACAUUGGAGCUACUAGGAUUUCUUUAAAACCUGCUGUCCGCAUGCUUUGAGAACAGACCUUUCUGAGCUGGUCGUGGAGACGGUCCAAGUCUGGGGGACCUGGCUAGGAGGAGCAGCUCUCUGCUUCCUGACCUCGGGCUUCCCUGGGGAGCUGUGCACACUGACACAGGGGCUCCUGACACGUUGGGCGGAGGCUCUGAUACGUCUAGUUUCCAAUCCUUCCGGAGCCCUUUUCUCCUUUGCCAAUAACCUGAUUAACCAAGUUCUCUAGCACCUAGGACUUACCUCCUCCUUUUUGUAAGGUCUGUUGUAUGUUGUUAAAUGUUUGGCUUUAACCAUUUAUAGCAACCUUUCUAUAGGGCACAUUUAGCCCCUGGUUAUUUGUUCUGCCUGUGGAACCCUGGGAGGAGGGCGGCCCUUGCUGACCUCGGGGUGUACCUGUGGGGUGCUGCUGGCCGCUUAGCGUCGUUUAAUUUGUGACCUUGACAUUAUAGAUAGGCUUGUGGUGUUUUUUUUUAAUUUAAAGAUAUUAAGACUUAAUUCACUAAAAUUUAUUCUAAGGGGAUAUUUAUACUUUUAUACUUUUUUAGGUAUCCGUAUUUUAUCAGCUUACAGUUUAAUGCCUAAGUUUCCCCUGAAAAUAGCGAAUAAAAUUGUGUAUUUAUGAAUGA